CCAGGAAUUAUUGACAUUCCAUUUUUUUUUUUUUACAUGAGCAUUUAUCAAAAUGAAGACGUCACAUGUCCCCGCCGGACCGUGGCCGACCGAUCGAACAUGAAAAAGAGUCUCGUGUCGGUGGCGUGAAAAGCGGAUUCGAAGCGCCGCCGUUGUUGUUGUUUUUGCAAAUCAACACGAUGAAGCACAUUUGGAACAGUUUUAGUUUUCACUUUUCUCCGUUACAGCUUGAUUCCAAGAUGGGACUGAAAUAUUUGGGGGAGGGAUUUUUGGAAUAUAACAACAUUUAAAAAAGCGACUUUUACUGUAUUCACAAUGUUUGACUUCACCUUUCACUCUUAAUAAUACGCCAGCUGACCUUUUAUUUGGGGUUAAUCAGAGGAAACGUUCAUUGUGAACACAGCCGCAUCCUCACUCAUAGGAGGGUGUGCGCACUUAGGCAACCGCAUUAUCGCAGUUAUUUUUAGACGUCCUUAAAGUUUUUCGUGAGCGCAAUUAACGAGCCAACGCGCAGCUGAGCAACUCAUCAGCAUCCGUUUCUAAUCCAACAUGUGAAAUAUGAGCAAAAUCCGUGCGGCUGUUUUGGGCCGCUCCAAUCCAAAUCGAGUCCACGUUCACAUUGGCGGCGUGGCGCUAAUUGUGCGUUUCCUCUGGCAUUUUCCCAGGCCAGGAGUGUUUCGGCAGCAAAGAGGAGCGUGACGGCUUACGGCUUCUUCAUGUGACCCCACGCCGCUCGUCCUCCUCUUCCUCCUCAAUCCCUCCCCCCUACUGCGUCCAAAAAGACUCCUGCACAUCCAGCUUGCACCAUUUGCCACUGUGACUCCGCUCGCCUUUGGGAAUUUUUCUCCACCCCUCCCCCCCCCAUCCCCGAGCGGAUAAUUGGCAGCACCACUUUGUCGUUUUGUGGGGAAAUGGGGGGCGCGCAGUCAGGGCGUGAAGAAGACGAGCCAGGCCAGGAUGCUGCAGAGUGCCGAGCGGAGGAUGUGCAACCCUGUGCUGAUGACAAGCUUCGCAAAAACGACGUUGCUGGAAAAUCAGAUGCCCCGUUGGUGGAAGUCAAUAGUAUCUUUGAAGAUGACAUAAAUGAUGAAGAUGACGAGUUUUCAGAAAAGCCGCCUAGAGAAGUAGAGACACUGCUAGAAAAUGUCGUAGUGAACGAGGAGUCAAUCAAAGAAACCGAAGAAGAAAUAUCCUUAGACAUGACUGAAGUGAAAGCCAAACACAAUGACAUCAAUGAGAGCUUUAAGACGUUCUUCAGCAAGGUUGGCUUGAAGUUCACAUUGAAACGAGGCUCUCGAGACCACGGUGAGAUCGGAGAAGGCGGCCCCGAAUCCACUGAGGUCAAGAACCCUGCUUACCAAAUCCAAGACGACAGAACCCAAGUGGACAUAGCACAUGAGAGUCAAAAUGACAAUUCAACAUGUCCGACCAGGGGGGAAACAAAAGUCCUAGAAGAUUUCCAAAACGAGGCAGACAGCCCUGACGACGAAUGGACACACAUCGACAUGCCGUCGGAACGGGAACCUUCGUCUCUGUCUGGCGCCAAAGAGGAUGUGACUAUGUCACCUAUUAAAAAGUUUUUCACCACGGGAAUCUUCGCGGGAUUGCGGAAAAAGAGCGCGUCUUUGGAAGAUGAGAUCAUGACGAGAGAGCUGGUUGUACAGGAAAUCGGAGCAACUGCAAAAGAAAUUACCUACCACCAACCGGAGGACACAGAUAAUACUGUAGAAACAGUAGUUGAUGGAGACCAGGAAGAAAAUCCAUCAACAAACAUAGUAAGCGAGCCUGAAACCCCCAAAGACAUCGGAGAUGUUCCGUCGAGUCCUCAGAAGAUGCUUCUGUUGGCCUCGAGUCUGAUGAAGCUGAAAAGGCAAAAAGACACAAAACCGUCCGAGGGUGAAGAAUAUAAAACAUCCAGUGACUCGGACCAUCUUUUGUCACCGACGGACAUGGCAGAGAACAAUAAAAACCAAAGUCCUGCAGAAAAAACUGUAGAAGAGGAGGAAAGUCCAUGGGCCACUUUUAAGAAACUCUUAUCUCCCAAAAAGCGAGUGAACAGGUCCGCCUUGAGCAACGACGUCAUGCAAACCCUGAUGGCCAAAGACAAAUCGGAGCUCAGCGAAGGAUAUGACAUAGAGUGCAGCGUUGACGAGGGCAAAAAGCGGAAAGAUUCGGCCAUUUCCUGGGACGCUAUUUUAUGUGGAAGUCACACAGCGUCGGACCCUGUCGACGAAACACCAAGUGAUAAUGUAAAUGUUGUGCAAGCAGCACAACAUUUUGACAACAAUGGUGAGGUUUUAGCUUCUUCUACCAAAGGAGCCGGAAGUCCAGCUGAGGGCGACGUAGGGUCAGCUUGGAAUGCCUUCAAAAGACUUAUGAGCCCAAAAAGGAGAGCCAAGCCUGAGGAAGAAAGGCAACACAGUCCUGAAACUGACGACAUGCAAGAAAACAUCUCAUUUUCGGCUAAGAUUUUCCCGACAUUGAAGAAGAGAAAGUCUGUCUCACAAAAAGACCAAGAAGCACCUUCGUAUGAGGUGGAUCAGGAGCUCACGCCAGGUGACCUUAACUGGCCAGCGGUUGUUCCCUUGUCCAAUUAUGACACUGUUGAGAAAGAACCAAAAGAGGAGACUGAAACAUCCGUAAAACCUGAUUUUCAACUCAACCAAGACUUCCUCCCUGAGGUGACAGAAGCAGCUCAACCUUUGGACAAUCUAGCGACCCAAGAAACCCAACACGAUGUUGAUGCCUUAGAAAAUGAGGCCACAUAUGAAGACCUGGCAGACCGCACAGAGUUCAUCGGAAAACCACUGAGUGAUAUUCCGGAGGAAGGUGAUCUUACAGAGAGCACCACAGCAAACGAUCCGAUCGAGAUUACAUCAAAGGCCGUUACUGCACCGGAGUCUGCGUAUGUUAGCCUCGGCGACGAUAGCAAGAUGAUCUCUGCGCUCUCCCAGCUGUCAGAACCUACAUCGGGCUCGACCACAGCGGUUCUGACAGAAUGCCAAGUAAAGGAAACAGAAGAGUUUCUACAGCAGGUUGUUGAGAGCAUCUCCACUAAGUCAGAGGCAGAUUCGCUUUGUUUAAAUAAGAUGGUUUGUUCUGCCUCAAGUGACACACUUCAAACAUUUGGAGAGGAUUCACAACUACGUGAAGCCCAAAAAUGGGAUGUAACCACAACCAGGAUGGAUGUGGUUGUAAAUGAAAUGGAAGCAGCAACAGAUAAAACACAGACCACCGAAAUUACACCUCCAAUUCCUACAAAGGAGCUUGACACCCAGGGAACUACAGGUGCAAUUUCUACAGAGGAGCUCGACACCAAGGAAAUCACAACUCCCAUUGCUACGGAGGAGUUCGAUACAGCGGAAAUCACACCUCAGAUUCCACUGGAGGACCUCGAUACCAAAGAAAUCACACCUCAGAUUCCAACAGAGGAGCUGGAGGCGCAGAAAAUCGCAACUCCCCUUCCUACUGAGAAGCUUGACCCAGAGGAAAUCAAACCAACUUCUAUCGAGGAGCUCAACACCCAGGAAAUCACAAUUGCCAUUCCUCCCGAGAAACUUGACACUGAGGAAAUAAAACCUCCUACUUGUACAGAGGAGCACGACACAGACGAAAUUAAACCUCAUAUUCUGACGGACGAGCUUGAAACAAUGGAAAUUACAGCUCCCUUUCCUGAUGAGGAGAUUGACACCAAAGAAAUCACAACCCUCAUUCCUAACAAGGAGCUUGACACCCAGGAAAUUACACCACCUACUCCUCCCGAGAAGCUCGACACACAAGAAAUCACAACUCCCAUUCCUCCCGAGAAACAUGACACUGAGGAAAUCACAACUGUCAUUCCUACCAAGGAGCUAGACACCCGGGAAAUUGCACCUCCUACUCCUACUGAGAAGCUUGACACCCAGGAAAUCAUGACUCCCAUUCCUCCUGAGAAACUCGACACAGAGGAAAUCAAACCUAUUUUUACCGAGGAGUGUGACACAGAGGAAAUUACGCCUUAUAUUCCAACGGUGGAGCUCGACACCAUGGAAAUGACACUUCUCAUUCCUACCAAGAAGCUCGACACCCAGGAAAUCCUCAUUCCUCCCGAGAAACUUGACACAGAGGUAAUCACAACUGUGAUUCCAACCAAGGAGCCUGACAUCCAGGAGAUUACAUCUCCUACUCCUACUGGGAAGGUUGACACUGAGGAAAUAAAACCUCCUACUUGUACCGAGGAGCAUGACACAGAGGAAAUUAAACCUCAGAUUCUGACGGACGAGCUUGAAACCAUAAAAAUUACAACUCUCAUUCCAAACGAGAUUGACACCAAAGAAAUCACAACCCUCAUUCAUACCAAGGAGCUUGACACCCAGGAAAUCACAACUACCAUUCCUCCAGAGAAACUUGACACAGAGGAAAUUACAUCUCAGAUUCCAACAGAGGAGUUUAACACCAAGGAAAUCACAACACCCAUUCCUUCAGAGAAGCUUGAUACCGAGGAACUCAAACCUACUUCUACCGAGGGGCAUGACACAAAGAAAAUUGCACCUCAGGUUACAACGAAGGGGUACGACACCAAGGAAGUUGUAACUCUAAUUUAUACCAAAGAGCUCAUCACAACUCCAAGUCCUACCAAGGAUCUCGACACCAAGAAAAUUGCACUUCCCAGUCUUACUGAAGAGCUUGACACCCAAGAAAUUACACUUCCUACUGAGGAGCUCCAUGCCAAGGAGAUCACAACUCUUAUUCCUAUCAAGGAACUGGACACUGAAGAAAUCACACCUCCUACUCUUACCGAGGAGCAUAACACUGUGGAAAUGACACCUUUUAUUCCUACAGAGGAGCUUGACAUCAAGGAAAUUAUAUCUUCAAUUAUUAGAGAGGAAAUUAGAACCACAAUUCAAAAAGAAGAGGUUGACACCAAAGAAAUCACUCCUCCCAUUCUUACCGAGGAGCUCAACACCCAGGAAAUCGUGCCUCCUAUUCCUACCCAGGAACUCGACACUAACAAAAUGACAAUUCCAAUUUCUACCGAGGAGCUCCACACGCAGGUAAACAGACCACUUACGCUUAAUGAGGAACAUGACAAAAAAAUUAGACCACCAAUUCCCACAGAGGAGCUCGACGUCAAGGAAUUCUCAACUCCCAUUCCUACCAAGGAACAUCACACAGAGGAAAUUACACCUCCCAUUCCUACCAAAGAUCUUGACACAGAGGAAAUUGUGCCACCGAUUCCUAGUGAAAAGUCAGAGACCGAGGAAAUAACACCUCCCGUUCCUACCAAAGAGCUUGACACAGAGGAAAUUGUGCCACCGAUUCCUAGUGAAAAGUCAGAGACCGAGGAAAUAACACCUCCCGUUCCUACCAAAGAGCUUGACACAGAGGAAAUUGUGCCACAGAUUCCUAGUGAAAAGUCAGAGACCGAGGAAAUAACACCUCCCGUUCCUACCAAAGAGCUUGACACAGAGGAAAUCGUGCCACUGAUUCCUAGUGAAAAGUCAGAGACCGAGGAAAUAACACCUCCCGUUCCUACCAAAGAGCUUGACACAGAGGAAAUCGUGCCACCGAUUCCUAGUGAAAAGUCAGAGACCGAGGAAAUAACACCUCCCCUUCCUACCAAAGAGCUUGACACAGAGGAAAUUGUGCCACCGAUUCCAAGUGAAAAGUCAGAGACUGAGGAAAUAACACCUCCCGUUCCUACCAAAGAGCUUGACACAGAGGAAACUGUGCCACCGAUUCCUACUGAAAAGUCAGACACCGAGGAAAUAACACCUCCCAUUCCUACCAAAGAGCUUGAGACAGAGGAAAUUGUGCCACCGAUUCCUAGUGAAAAGUCAGAGACCGAGGAAAUAACACCUCCCGUUCCUACCAAAGAGCUUGACACAGAGGAAAUUGUGCCACAGAUUCCUAGUGAAAAGUCAGAGACCGAGGAAAUAACACCUCCCAUUCCUACCAAAGAGCUUGAGACAGAGGAAAUUGUGCCACCGAUUCCUAGUGAAAAGUCAGACAGCGAGGAAAUUGCACCUCCCGUUCCUACCAAAGAGCUUGACACAGAGGAAAUUGUGCCACCGAUUCCUAGUGAAAAGUCAGAGACCGAGGAAAUAACACCUCCCGUUCCUACCAAAGAGCUUGACACAGAGGAAAUUGUGCCACAGAUUCCUAGUGAAAAGUCAGAGACCGAGGAAAUAACACCUCCCGUUCCUACCAAAGAGCUUGACACAGAGGAAAUCGUGCCACCGAUUCCUAGUGAAAAGUCAGAGACCGAGGAAAUAACACCUCGCGUUCCUACCAAAGAGCUUGACACAGAGGAAAUUGUGCCACCGAUUCCUAGUGAAAAGUCCGAGACUAAGGAAAUAACACCUCCCGUUCCUACCAAAGAGCUUGACACAGAGGAAAUUGUGCCACCGAUUCCUAGUGAAAAGUCAGAGACCGAGGAAAUAACACCUCCCCUUCCUACCAAAGAGCUUGACACAGAGGAAAUUGUGCCACCGAUUCCAAGUGAAAAGUCAGAGACUGAGGAAAUAACACCUCCCGUUCCUACCAAAGAGCUUGACACAGAGGAAACUGUGCCACCGAUUCCUACUGAAAAGUCAGACACCGAGGAAAUAACACCUCCCAUUCCUACCAAAGAGCUUGAGACAGAGGAAAUUGUGCCACCGAUUCCUAGUGAAAAGUCAGAGACCGAGGAAAUAACACCUCCCGUUCCUACCAAAGAGCUUGACACAGAGGAAAUUGUGCCACAGAUUCCUAGUGAAAAGUCAGAGACCGAGGAAAUAACACCUCGCGUUCCUACCAAAGAGCUUGACACAGAGGAAAUUGUCCCACCGAUUCCUAGUGAAAAGUCCGAGACUGAGGAAAUAACACCUCCCGUUCCUACCAAAGAGCUUGACACAGAGGAAAUUGUGCCACCGAUUCCUAGUGAAAAGUCAGAGACCGAGGAAAUAACACCUCCCGUUCCUACCAAAGAGCUUGACACAGAGGAAAUUGUGCCACCGAUUCCAAAGCUUGACACAGAGGAAACUGUGCCACCGAUUCCUAGUGAAAAGUCAGAGACCGAGGAAAUAACACCUCCCGUUCCUACCAAAGAGCUUGACACAGAGGAAACUGUGCCACCGAUUCCUAGUGAAAAGUCAGAGACCGAGGAAAUAACACCUCCCGUUCCUACCAAAGAGCUUGACACAGAGGAAAUUGUGCCACCGAUUCCUAGUGAAAAGUCAGAGACCGAGGAAAUAACACCUCCCGUUCCUACCAAAGAGCUUGACACAGAGGAAAUUGUGCCACCGAUUCCUAGUGAAAAGUCAGAGACCGAGGAAAUAACACCUCCCGUUCCUACCAAAGAGCUUGACACAGAGGAAAUUGUGCCACCGAUUCCUAGUGAAAAGUCAGAGACCGAGGAAAUAACACCUCCCGUUCCUACCAAAGAGCUUGACACAGAGGAAAUUGUGCCACCGAUUCCUAGUGAAAAGUCAGAGACCGAGGAAAUAACACCUCCCCUUCCUACCAAAGAGCUUGACACAGAGGAAAUUGUGCCACCGAUUCCAAGUGAAAAGUCAGAGACCGAGGAAAUAACACCUCCCGUUCCUACCAAAGAGCUUGACACAGAGGAAAUUGUGCCACCGAUUCCUAGUGAAAAGUCAGAGACCGAGGAAAUAACACCUCCCGUUCCUACCAAAGAGCUUGACACAGAGGAAAUUGUGCCACCGAUUCCUAGUGAAAAGUCAGAGACCGAGGAAAUAACACCUCCCGUUCCUACCAAAGAGCUUGACACAGAGGAAAUUGUGCCACCGAUUCCUAGUGAAAAGUCAGAGACCGAGGAAAUAACACCUCCCGUUCCUACCAAAGAGCUUGACACAGAGGAAAUUGUGCCACCGAUUCCUAGUGAAAAGUCAGAGACCGAGGAAAUAACACCUCCCGUUCCUACCAAAGAGCUUGACACAGAGGAAAUUGUGCCACCGAUUCCUAGUGAAAAGUCAGAGACCGAGGAAAUAACACCUCCCGUUCCUACCAAAGAGCUUGACACAGAGGAAAUUGUGCCACCGAUUCCUAGUGAAAAGUCAGAGACCGAGGAAAUAACACCUCCCGUUCCUACCAAAGAGCUUGACACAGAGGAAAUUGUGCCACCGAUUCCUAGUGAAAAGUCAGAGACCGAGGAAAUAACACCUCCCGUUCCUACCAAAGAGCUUGACACAGAGGAAAUUGUGCCACCGAUUCCUAGUGAAAAGUCAGAGACCGAGGAAAUAACACCUCCCCUUCCUACCAAAGAGCUUGACACAGAGGAAAUUGUGCCACCGAUUCCUAGUGAAAAGUCAGAGACCGAGGAAAUAACACCUCCCGUUCCUACCAAAGAGCUUGACACAGAGGAAACUGUGCCACCGAUUCCUACUGAAAAGUCAGACACCGAGGAAAUAACACCUCCCAUUCCUACCAAAGAGCUUGACACAGAGGAAACUGUGCCACCAAUUUCUAGUGAAAAGGCAGACACCGAGGAAAUAACACCUUCCAUUCCUACCAAAGAGCUCAACUUUGAGAAAAGCACUCCUCUUAUUCCAACCAAGGAGCUUGACACCAAGGAAAUCACACCUCCCAUUCUGACCGAAGAGCUUGGCAGAGAGAAAAUUGUCUCGCCAAUUUCUAGUGAAAAGUCAGACACCGAGGAAAUUACACCUCCAAUUCCUAGCAAAGAACUUGACACAGAGGAAAUUGUGCCACAAAUUCUGAGUGGAAAGUCAGACACUGACGAAAUAAGACCUUCCAUUUGUACUCAGGAGCUCAACUUUGAGGAAAGCACACCUCUAAUUCCAACCAAGGAGCUUGACACCAAGGAAAUCACACCUCCCAUUCCAAAAGUAGAGCUUGGCAGAGAGGAAAUACCUCCAAUGACUACCGAAGAGCUUCACGCAGAGGGAAUUACGCUUCCAAUUCCAACCCAGGACCUUGACUCUGAGGAAAUUAAACCUUCAAUUCCAACCCAGGAGUUUGUCACCAAGGAAAUCACACAAGUUCAUACCAAGGAGCCCAACACAGAGAACAUGACCGCGGAUGAAACACAUGAAGAUGCUAACCUGUCAAAGUCAGAUCAAAUCCUAAAAGAAUUAGACAGCAUUGAUGAGAUCCAUGAAUUUGUGGACUGCCUCACUGAUAUAAACCAAGCAGAGUCUUCAGAGAUGCUGGCUGAAAGUAAAGAUGUUGGCACAGAAGAUGAUCUUGAAGAUCUAGCGGGCAAUCAAAGCGAAACAGAAGCUUCCAAAGUGGACAGUGAAGAGUGUGUAUCUAUGGCAGAAGCUGAAAGGAGAGAUGGAGGUCAGAGAUCUUUGUUGGAACCUGUCGAACAACUUCAGGUAGAGGAUCAAAUUCCUGUUGUGAAUGAGUUGCAAAGUUUAAGAGAUGUACAAGAAGACAUCACACAUUUACAAGAAAAUGUUACAGCAGAAACAAUAAUUGAUGAACCAGAACAGGAAACAGUUGCUUGCACUGAACUAAAGGAAACAGAUGCAGUACAAGACUUUCUCCCAGCAGUCAUAAUACAUUUGGAGGAAAAGGAAGUCAAAGUAACCUCAGAAAACCUUCCAGGAGGAUUUAAAGAGGACCCAAAGCCAACAACAGAGAUUUUAUCUGAAGCCAGCUUGGAUUCUGUUGACGUCUCAGAAGCACAAACAGAUGCGUUGCCUUCGGAGGAAUGUAGUGUUCAACUUGCUGAAGAUAAAAUCCUUUCCGCAGAGGUCGUGAGUGAACUCAAGGAGGCAACAGAACUCUUGCGUGAAGUCAGUGUUGAACCAGAAAACAAAGCUGUAGCAAAGGAGCCAGUGGAUGAAUCAGAAGAACCUAUUCAAGAAAUAGAAGAUGUGCAAGCAACACAGUUUGAAUCAGAGAAAGCAGGAGUACUUGUUGAAAAACUGAACGAGGAGACAGUCUUGCUGCCUGAAAUUGAGGACAAAACAAUGGCUGCACCUGAAAUUGAAUUUGUUCAGGAACCACAAGCAUUAGUAGUAGCACAGGAAAGACAGUUUGGAUCAGUUACAGUUGACGUCCAAUACGCUGACCUCGAAGAACAUAUUAAUGAAGAAGAACCUCCGAUGGAAGAAGUCAAAGAGGAGAAUGUGCCUCUGCUCCAAACCAAUGUUGAGCCAGAAGAAAAAGAACAGAAGUCAGUGAGCGACUCCCAAAUAGAACACAUAAAAGAGGAAAAAGACACAAGAGUAGAAGACAUGUCAGUUAAACCUAAAGAAAUAUCAGAAGGUAUAAUUACAGAAGAAACCAUGAUUGCUGAAUUUAAAGAUAGACCCGUGCCUCUAACUGACCAUGAACCACUAAGCCAAGACCAGAAGGCCAAAGCUGAACUUAGUCCUGAUCAAGAAGUAGUCCAAAAAUCAUGUCAACACAAAGAAAUAGGUGAAGGCACCCAUCCACGGGGAACCAUGAAAGAAGAAUGUGAAGAGGAGACUGUGACUCAGCUUCAAACCAAUAUUGAGUCAGCGAAAGAUGAUAAGGUGGAAGUACAUGUAUCUGAAAUUGAACUGGUGAAAGAAAUAGAAGGAACACACCCUACUCAAUCAACACAGACACAAUCGGUUGACACAGAACAAGCCAUCGUUGCAGAAGAAAAGAUGACAGAACUCAAAGAGGAGACUGUGUGUUUAACGUCAGUCCAACCAGAGAGUGGCCUGAAAGUGGUGGAUGUAGCCAAAACUGAACCAAAUCCAGAACAAGCUGUAGUAGAAGAGGACGAAGCAAUAACAGAAGACAUUGCUAAGGAGAGAACAGUUUCAGUUGCACUUAAAGAGGAGGCCGUGCGACUAAGUGAAAUUAAUGUGGAACCACAGGAUAAAGACGAGGAAGCAGUGAAUGAAACUGAAAACAUAAAAGCUGUAAAAUCCGAAGCCUUUGCAUCAGAAGAAGGCAAUGAAGUAAUACAUCAAUCUGAAGAAACAACAGAAGGCAUUCUGGUCAAGGUAAUCCCUCCAGGCGAACUCAAAGAGGAAGCGGAGCCACUACAUGAAGUCACUCCAGGGAACGAAGGCAAGAAGCAACAAACUGAUUUGACAGAGGACGAUAUUUUGCCAGAGAAAACCACUGAAGAUGCACAGAAUGAAAUAACGAAAUCGAGUCCUGAAACAGAAGCACUGCAAAGUACAAGUGAUCUAGUUCGAGAGCUGGAAGAAGAUACUGUAGUUGCGGCAGAAACAGUGGAGGUGGCUAUAUCUCGACUGGGAAUCAGUGAAAAAAGUAUCACUCGGACACUUCCAAAGGAAACAUUGGCAGAAGAUAUUCCAAAACCAGAAACAGAGAAUGAAAUCACUUCCGAAGGGGAGAAAACCAAGUCUCAACUGGAUCAAGCUUUAGAUAAGGAGGAGGAUCCAGAACCAGAGAACACUGCUGAUGACCUCCCACAAGUUAUGGAGGAGGAAGAUGGCACACCACAAGUCACAGAAGCAGAUGUAUCUUCACAGCAAGGGGAAACAAGGUGCGCCCAGAUCCUUGAAAAGGUUAUUUAUGAAGAAAUCCCAGAAUUUUGUGGCAAUCUUGCAGACCAAGUCAAACUUGAGGUGGAUCCAAGUGACAUAAAAACUAGAAUUGAGGGAGAAAACUGUGAUCGAUCAGAUGUAGAGGUGACGACUGCUACAGCCGAGCACGCAGUGGUGAGUCAAGUGACCAUCUGUGAUCUUAAAGAGGUCUCAACCUCUCCACCUGAUCUGAUUGCGACACCGUCUGCCAUACGGGAACCACUACAGGGCUCUGUGGUCACAACAUCCACAGAAACUGCUGUGAAUGAAGCACUGCUGAUGACAGAUGAUGUGGCAGAAAUGGCAAAGAUGGGCAAUGAGGUCAUGAUGAUGCAUGUGCCAGCGACAGUGAUAGAGGACAACCACAGCAUUCAAGUACAAGUUGUCCAAGUGGACAUCACAUUGGCAGAGAGGAGCGUGGAUCAGAGGCUGCAAGUCGAGAUAAGAGAAAAAGGAGUCAUUGACGUGUGUAACGCAAGUGUUGAACAUGUUUCCGCAUCUAUGGGGGUUGAGCACGUAAUACAUGAGGACUAUACGGUGAUCCGUCAUGCAGUUGUUCCACAAGUAAGGGAGACCCAACCUGAGACCUUCGAACAAGUGGUCUUAAUAGAAGCAAAGGAAGUUGAACUUGCGAAAGAUGAUGGAAAUAUGGAAAUACCAGACAAGGAGCUUGCUCACAAGAGAGAGAAUCUGGCAGAGGCAUCACAACGAGAAGCUGACACACGCAGUUUAGAGGUCCCCAUAUGUCAGGAGAGUUUAGAGGAAACAAUAGGUGACCUGGGAAAAUCUGAAGUGACAGAGGACCUAAGACAGACAAGAUCACCUAAUACAGUACCACAAAAUAUUUCCGUAGAAUCAAUGUCAGAGUCUGAGUGGGAAAAGGAGGAUGGAAAUUGGGCCCUUGAGGCAGAGAAGCCAAUGGCACCAACUGAUGAUGUUCAGGCACCAGUAGUAGAAGAAGAACCCUCAUCCCAAACAGAUAGUCAUGAGGACACAGAGCCAGCUCGGAAAGGUCCUCAAACCACAGUAGUGGAAGAGCCUUUACCCAAAAGAGAGGCAGUUGCUAGUCAAAAAGAGAAAGAUCUGACUGAGGAAGGAGUACAGUCACGAGAACCCUUAUCCCCAACAGCUCUAAACACAGAGCCAACCGAGGAGAGUCCUCAGACCCCAACAGCAGAAGAACCACUAUCCCAAACUGUUACACAAGGCCCUUUGUCCCAACUAGAUCCACUUGAUGACCUAAAAACAACACAGCAAAGUGAGGUUAGUGUUCAGGCACUAGAAAAAGAGAAACACAUAUCCCAAAUAGAUAAAGAUGACAAUUUGACUAAGGUUAGUGUUCUUACCCCUGAAACAAAAGAGCACCUACCCAUGCUGGAUACAGUUGUUCGACACGCGACGCUAAUAAAAGAAGGUCUUCAGAUUCUGGUAGCAGAAGAAAUCCUUUCGGAAUUACCACCAGUUGUUAGCUAUAAAGAGACCGUGGCCACUGAGGUUGGCAUUCUGGAACUGGACUCUGUAGAUUUAGUUCACCACAAACAGACUGGUAUUAGUAGGCAAAGUGUUCAGCCACAAGAAACAGAAGAGUCUUUAUGCCCCAAAGAGCCAGUUGAGAGCCAAACACAAGCAGUGCAAACCAAGGAGAGUCAUCAGGCACCAAAAGCAGAGGAGUCGAUAUCCCAAAAAGAAUCCACUGAAAGUCAGAAACAGAUGGCGCUACCGGAGGACCAUGAUCUACCCCAUAAAGACUCCACUGAGACCCAGAAACGGACUGAGCCACCAGAGGAGCAUUUUCAACUCAAGAAAGAGUCCAGCCAGACUCAGAAACAGACAGAGCUACUACAGAAACAUGUUCAGGCAAGAAAAAUCCAAGAGUCCCUAGCCCAAAAAGAAUCCACUGAGACCCAGAAAGAGACAGAGCGCACCGAGUCGUCUGUUCAGGCCCCAGAAACGGAAAACAGCCCAUUCUCAAAAGAGCCUGCCGACGGCCAAAAACAGACAGUUCGGAUUAAAGAGACCUCAGAACCGGCAAGAGAAUUAGAUUCAAUGGAGAUCACAGUGUCCACAGACCCUCCGGUCCUUUUGGAUUCUGGACUCCAAGAAGCAGCAGAGGAAAUCCUACCAGUGUUAGCAGUAGAGAAACUUCAACCAGUGGAAACAGGAGAAAAAAUUGCAUCCAAGGCAAAUGAAAUACCCAACAUCCGGGGAACAGACACGUUCCAAACUGUACAAAAACCAGAAUCCGAGGCCCUUGUCAAAGAAGCAGAUGACAAACAGGACAUAUGGGUGGACGCAAGGGAAGACCUCGAAUUUCAAGAGGAAACAGACCAGUUGCCGUCUCAAGAUGAGAACUCACGACAUGACUGCAAGCCAGAAACAAAAACAGCACACGAGGAGGAGUCCGAAAUGGUGCCGAUUCCUGAACCCGAGGCCGAAAGUAACAACGAAGAUGAGCAUUUUGCCGUUGCACUUGACGAUCCCAAAACGGAAAGCGUUGCAGUCAUCGAGUGGGACUGAGCAGGUUGCUUAGAUAUGCAGAAAGUCAUCGCGGGGGAGGAUACAGUCAACUCAUGUCAUUUUCACUCUCAUUUGGAUUACUCAUCAUACUAUUCUUGUUUGGUGCCAUUUUGUUUGGUAUUUAAUCACAUUUGCUACAUAAUCGCAUAUUCAGUGAACACCUGCUCAUUCGCAGGUUGGGAUCCGCAAAUUUGUCUCGUCAAGAUUUCAAGGACUUUGUCAUACCAACACAGGUUUUCAUGUGAUGCGGCACAAAAUGAAACGAAAUGUGGAUGGAAAUUGGGGGACCCUAACCUAAUCUAGCAUGUCUGCCUCACAGUUCUGAGGUACGAGGUUCGAAUCUUGGUCCUUGUGUCGUUUGUGUGCUCUGGCUUCCUCCCACAUUCCCAAAACAGAAUAUGACGAUGUAUUAAGACACUUGUAUAGUUCUUCACAAUGUAUAUCAGUGGUCCGCUGUGUUUUGGUUCAUGCUAGUAGUUGGCAACGGGUGGAGCGGGAGGUCUGACUUCCCAAUCGGGAGCUAAUCGGCGGUGGGGCCAGCCGCCAAGAUUUGAAUUGUACAACUACGUCCUCUUGGUGUCACUUUUUCCCCCCCCUCAGGCGGCCCUCUUGUCACGGAAUCCACCGAAACCCAAAGUGACGCACCGAAUGGCGGCCGUAACCUUCGUAGCCUUCGUUUACGGCUCCAUUCAUUGUUUACCCCGAAGACAUAUUGUCCUGUAAACUGCAGGGGCGAUUUACGGAUAAGGAUUUGCGCUCAGGAACGCAAUUGUCCUCUUUCAAGCUUAAAGUUGAAAAAGAAAUCGCUGAAGCAGUCGACACCUCUGCAGGCAUCCCGCUACACUGUAAAAAUGUUUCUUCGAGCGCUUAUAAAAAUACACGACACUAUCU